GCUUUGGCAAGCAAGAGGCACUGGUCACUUUUAAGAGGUACUGCUGUGUUACAAAGUAGUGUAUUAUUCAUAUCUGAUUAAGUAAUUGGCCCAGUUUGCCAAAGAGAUUUUCCUUCAUUGCAGCCAUGAGUCUGGAACCUCCCAAACCAGAAAUCAAAUCAGCCACUAGGGUGACCGGAGGGCCCGUCACCCCUAGGAAAGGACCUUCCAAAUUCAAGCAGAGGCAAACUCGGCAGUUCAAGAGCAAGCCACCAAAGAAGGGCAUCCAAGGAUUUGGUGAUGACAUUCCUGGCAUGGAAGGCUUGGGAACAGAUAUCACUGUGAUCUGUCCAUGGGAAGCCUUCAGUCACCUGGAGCUCCAUGAGCUGGCACAAUAUGGGAUCAUCUAAUCACAACGAGGCCAGAAAAGGAGGCUGCCAGACAGUGGCUUCUACAGCCCUGCAAAUUACCUCUCCCAAUAGGAAUAAGUUCAACUCCAAGAAAUGGAUAAAACUAAAAAGAAUCCAAAUGAAUAAGCAGUAGGUUUGAUUUUACACUACUUUUCCUGUAAUUAAAACCCUUCCUCAGCUUUCAGUAAAAAGGGUUUGAAAAAACA